GAUGAUUUUACCCUCCUUGCAAUAUUUUGAAAAGAGAAUACGAUAAUAGUGGCGCUAUAGUAUAGAAAAUGCUAUCUCGGCGUUGAAGAUGCAUGACGAGUACUGCGUUAAAAUCAGCUCACUAGCAACCACGUAGAUGUAAUUUUAUGUUUCACAAGGUCUCGAAAAUUUUAAAGUGACCAAAAAUAUAGCGAAUAUGAAAUUAUAAGAAUUAUACAGUAAGUAACAGUCACAAGAGCAAGCAAAGCUCACUUUGUUCGCGGUUCAAGGCUAGGGUACGGAAGAAAGGUUCAUAGUGACUUAUAGAGUUAUUUUCCCUAAGUAGUAGUGUGGUCCGUAGUGAGUGAGAUUCUACGAAGUGAAUAAAGCAUAAUGACAUUCUUCUCGUUGCAACUGAUCCCGCUCACCUUCAAGUCCAAGAACAACGUCAUCUGCGGAUCGAGCCAUGGAUCGGAUACAGGCCACGACGAUCAAGCGCGGCGGCGACCCAAACCCUCUCGACACUACAGGCCUUUGCCUGCUGUCUCUCGAUGGCGGCGGCGUGCGCGGUCUCUCGACUCUAUACAUCCUAAAGAGCGUCAUGAAUCGGCUAAACCACGAACGGAAGAAUAACAACCUGCCUCCGGUGAAGCCAUGCGAGGUGUUUGACCUUAUCGGCGGUACCAGUACCGGCGGGUAGGCACACCUGCCGUUUAAUGACUGUCCAAGGCUCCCUACUUAUUCGGGGAGAUCUAGAGAAGCUGGAAGUUAGGCUCAACGGAAAUACUUCUACUUUGGCGGAGUACAAGCAGAUUGAGCCGGUUUAUGGGGUUCGUCGUACAAGGGAGGCGGAGUGGCGUAAGGCUGAUCUGGGGCUGUGGCACUUGGUUCAUAGCGCCUUUCUUUCUUUCUUUCUUUCUUU